CCUAUGGAAGCACAUUUAACUCCAGAAAUGAUUAAACUUCAGGAAGUAUUUAAAACAUUCUAUCUCGGAAAGCACAGUGGUCGAAAACUUCAGUGGCAAACUACAUUGGGACAUGCUGUUUUAAAAGCAGAGUUUAAAGAAGGAAAGAAGGAGUUCCAGGUGUCCCUCUUCCAGACUCUGGUGCUUCUCAUGUUCAACGAAGGGGAUGAAUUCAGCUUUGAAGAAAUAAAAAUGGCCACUGGGAUAGAGGACAGUGAAUUGCGAAGAACAUUACAGUCCUUGGCCUGUGGCAAAGCACAAGUUUUGAUUAAAAGUCCCAAAGGAAAGGAGGUAGAAGAUGGAGAUAAAUUCAUUUUUAAUGGAGAAUUCAAGCACAAGUUGUUUCGAAUAAAGAUCAAUCAAAUUCAGAUGAAGGAAACUGUUGAAGAACAAGUCAGCACCACUGAGAGAGUGUUUCAGGACAGACAGUAUCAAAUUGAUGCUGCGAUCGUCAGAAUAAUGAAGAUGAGAAAGACUCUUGGUCACAAUCUUCUAGUUUCUGAAUUGUAUAAUCAGCUGAAAUUUCCAGUGAAGCCUGGAGAUUUGAAAAAGAGAAUCGAAUCUCUUAUAGACAGAGACUAUAUGGAGAGAGACAAAGACAAUCCAAAUCAAUACCACUAUGUGGCCUGAUGUGUCGACCAGCUGUUUUCUUUCAGUGAGACACUGGAAUGUAUCUUCAGAGCACUGAAACACUUCUGUGCUGUUUUCAGGGCUUCUGGGAUUAAGCCAGCACGGAUACUUUAGAUUGGAAGGAAAGGAGAUGGUUCUUGGAUAACCUUUCACAAGGCUUAAGAAUUUGCAAAUGGCAUAUGUAUCUUUUCACCCUCCAGUUCUCCCUCUUGUUCUUUUAAGUGUUUAAAUUGUUUCCAUUGCUCUGUGCAGAAUGACAUUGGAAUUGGACAAGAUUUUAGUUAAAUGAGGUUCCUUUGCAAGAUGUUCUUGUAGCAAAAAAAGAAACCCCGAAAGUUUGGUUUGUUUUCGUGUGUGAUCAUGAAUGCACAAUUAAAAAGACCCUCUAUGCUGCAUUCUUUAGCUACAGAGAUUACUUAGGUGUUCCUAAAGAUAAGCUAUUUUAGUUGAUACACAUAGAUUAAAAACAAGAACCUUUAAUUGGUGAACAUUAGGAAGAAAGUCAGUGUUAAAAACUGGCUUAUUGAUUAUGCAAGCUAAAUACUGGGAUCUGUUAGUUUCA